CUGUUGGCCGGGGGCGGGGUUGGUGAAUAGGGAAGUGGCGCAAGUCCGGGGAUCGCUCCGCUGAAUCCGCCCGCGCGUCGCUGCCGUCGCCGCCGCCCCCCGUCCCGGCCCCCCCCGGGUUCCCUCAGCCCAGCCCGGUCCAGCCCGGUUCCCGGGAGGAUGAAGUUCGUGUAUAAAGAGGAGCAUCCGUUCGAGAAGCGCCGCUCUGAGGGCGAAAAGAUCCGAAAGAAAUACCCGGACCGGGUCCCGGUGAUAGUAGAAAAGGCUCCUAAAGCUCGGAUAGGAGAUCUGGACAAAAAGAAAUACCUGGUGCCUUCUGAUCUUACAGUUGGUCAGUUCUACUUCUUAAUCCGGAAGCGAAUUCAUCUCCGAGCAGAGGAUGCCUUGUUUUUCUUUGUCAACAACGUCAUUCCGCCCACCAGUGCCACGAUGGGUCAGCUGUACCAGGAACACCAUGAAGAAGACUUCUUUCUAUACAUUGCCUACAGUGAUGAAAGUGUCUACGGUCUGUGAAGCUGCUGCCCCUAAGGUGGGGGGUCCCAUUCUACAAAGAGAGAGGUGGCCCCCCUUCCUUGACCUACUCCUCCUUGAGGUUCAAACACCACCUCCCUUCUUCAGGACCUGCACUUCCUAAUGUUUGAGACUCUCCUACAGACCCUCUUAACAUAAGGGUUAAUGGGGGAGAUGGCCUCUAAUACCUCUCCUUUCUUUCUUCCCCUUUCUUUACCACCUUUCCCAUUCUGCUUUAGAUUUCUUGAUUGUCAAUCUCUGUCACAUCUGGUGAUUGUUUUGGUUUCUGUUCCCUUUCUAACUGCCCAAGGGGCUCAGAGCCCCAACAAUCCUUUCUUUUCACUACCUUCUUUUUGGGGGGUAGAUGGAAGGGACUGAAAUUGUGGGGGAAGGUAGGAGGCACAUCAAUAAAGAGGAAACCACCACCAAGCUGAA